AUGUCGAGCGAUACGAGACCGCUCGUCGCCUUGAUCGGCACGCUCGACACGAAACAGACCGAAUAUCAGUUUGCGACCACAUGGCUUCAAGACCGCGGCUGCAACGUUGCGGUGUUCGAUGCUAGCACCCGCGACGCCCCAGAGGGCUCUGCAUCCGGCUCCUUUGAGAUAGGCACAGGGUCCAAGCUAUACCGAGCCAAAGAGCUUCUCGAGGGCCACUCGUCUCGCGGCAGGCAUCAGUCUCCGCCGACCGAGCGAGAUGCCGUGAGGGACGCGCUGCAGAGCGCUUGCCUGCACGAGCUGGGGGAGCUGCAGGCUCAAGGAGCCGUCGAUGCGAUCGCUUCAUUCGGCGGUAGCCAGAACACGGCGUUUGCCACUUCCAUCAUGCGCGACUCCAGAUUCCCUAUCGGGCUGCCCAAGUUCAUGCUCACCACAAUGGCAAGUGGCGACGUCAGCGAGUAUCUCGGCGAAAGCGACAUUUGCAUCAUGCCCUCGGUCGGAGAUAUCUCUGGCUCCCUCAAUGCCAUCACAAGGACGACGCUGCAGAACGCUCUGGCCGCCAUUUCAGGCAUGGCACAUACCCAUCUUGCGUCUAGGCGCGCGCACACCAAGUCGGAGCUCGGGCAGAAAGACCACAAACCCUUGGUAGCGAUCAGCAUGUUUGGCGUCACUACGGUCGGUGUGAACCAGAUAUCAGAUCUGCUCAAGGACAAAGGCUACGAGCCUGUAGCGUUCCAUGCGACCGGAUCGGGCGGCCGUACCAUGGAGAGGCUGAUUCGAGAAGGCUUCUUUUGCGCAGUCAUCGAUCUAACCACCACUGAGCUGUGUGAUCACCUCUACGACGGCGUCCUCUCCGCAGGACCAGACCGCCUCACAGCUGCUGCAGCAUACGGCAUCCCACAGGUGGUCUCUCUCGGCGCUCUCGACAUGAUCAAUUUCGGCUCCCUUGCGAGCCUGCCGUCGCGAUACGAGCUCGAAAAGUCGUCCGAAAAGGGCCCCAUGCACCACACCAAGGAUGGAGCGCAGGUCUACGAACACAACAGUCAGGUGACGCUGGUCCGUACGUCUAGCGAUCAGUGCAGAGAGCUCGGCACAUUCCUGGUCGGCCAGCUUGUUAAAGGAGUGGAGCGCCGUGGCAGAGACAAGGAGGCGGCGCCGAUCCGCAUCUUGUCCCCCCAGGCUGGAAUCUCCGCGAUGGACGGCACCGACGGCGUGUGGGAUAAUCCGGAAGCCAGAGACGCCCUGCUGGAUGGGAUCCAGGGUGCGCUGCAGGAACAUGCUGCCAGUCGGGACAAGAAGAACACCAUUCAAGUCGUGACCAAGGACAGCCAUAUCAACAGUCCCGAGUUCGCUCAAGCUGUCGUGGACGAGCUGUUGCGCAUCAUCUAG